UGGGCUCAAGCCAUUUUGUUUCGAGCCAUUAUGACCCAAGUCAUUUUUAGCUCAUGCUGUGAUGCCUUGUCUUCUCGGAUGCAGGACAUCGGUCGAGGGUCUGGAGAAGGCGCUAUCUCCCUCGAAACGUCGAUCAAGAACUGCGGUCGGACAAAGCAAUGGAGCGCAGCACUGCGAUUGCUCCGCGAAGGAAUUCGAUUAGGUGUGCAACUCGCACCAAGCCACUACAUUGCAACUGUCAGCACAUGCAGAAAAGGCGGGCAAUGGCAACACGCGCUGUCAGUACUGAGCGAGAUGUGGGGGGCGAAGCUGGAGCCCAACGUCAUCUUCAGCUACAAUGCUGGGAUCAGCGCGUGCGAGAAGGGCGAGCAGUGGCAGCGAGCGCUGGCGCUGCUGAGCGAGAUGCGGGAGGUGAGGUUGGAGCCCGACGUCAUCAGCUACAACGCGGGGAUCAGCGCGUGCGAGAAGGGCGAGCAGUGGCAGCGGGCGCUUGCGCUGCUGAGCGAGAUGCGGGAGGCGAAGCUGGAGCCCAACGUCAUCAGCUACAACGCUGGGAUCAGUGCGUGCGAGAAGGGCAAGAAGUGGCAGCCCGCCCUGGCGCUGCUGAGCGAGAUGUGGGAGGCGAAGCUGGAGCCCG